AUGUCGACUUCUAACACGAGGGAGCAUAGACGGGUGUAUCAGAGAGAUGGACGUGCUGCAGCUGCUUUGCUCGAGGGUCAACCCCGUACCUACCAUGACGCAUUGACGUUGCUAUCAGAGGCUUAUGAGCACACUGAGGCUCGCAACGGCUCGACCAACCACCCCCCAGGCCUGAGAACGAAGCCCAUCGGCUCCUCUCUUGGCACCCAUACCGAUACUAGCACCAACAAAGGCGCCAACGAGGCCCUGUGCGCUUGGUCCAAACUGCGUUUUGUUCGUGGUGGGCUUUUCACGGCAGAAGAAGCGCUGGACAUGGUUGAUUAUUUCUACAAUUUCCAGUCAGCCUUCUCGCCCGUGGUGCCGGAAUGCUUCCGUGAUCAUUCCCAGCACGCGACGAUGAUCGAGGAGGAACCCAUAUUGACCAUCGCCAUUUUGAUGAUUGGAUCGCGGUACCGAAAAUGGACAGGACCGGCUGCAGUCGCACGUUCCUAUAUCGUUCAUGACCGGCUCUGGAGAUAUCUACAGGGAAUGAUUUCACGGUUGUUUUGGUCAGAGGACUUGAACAUGCGAGGCGUUGUUGCUGCUGCUGGAUUGGCAUCCUCGGGCUCUCCACUUCCCACCCCUGACGAGGAUACGUCGUCAAUCGUGAUCCAGGAGCCAAAAAGACCGCGUAAGAGCGCUUCUACUGGAUAUUAUGGGCCCGGGUCCGGACACGACUGGCUCGCUCGGUCAGAUCGGCUAUGUCAGUCCAUGCUUUCCACUGUCUUUCUGCUGGCAACCGAGAUGGGCAUUUUCUGCGAUGAUAACUCCUUCUGGCAAGGGGAUGAAGUUCGGCACGAUCCUUCGAAGGUUUGCUGCGCAGCCGGGAUUAGCGAAAUUGACAUCCCCACGUCUCUUGAUCUGGUCCGGCAAGUGGCUGUUGGCCUUCGUAACUCUUCAGUCGAUGAUACGCACUUGAGCACGCGCUGGGGCGAUCUUCUCGAAAACCUUGUUCAACGACUCCAGUCGCGCCUAGCCCAACCAACCACGCCGAAAGCGUGUAACAUGAGAAUCCCGUUAGCAACCCCGUCAAAAACACACGUAGAUGCCUCUCAAUCCUCUCAGGAAGCACAGCCAUUGAUACCACAAUAUUCCUCUCAAGAUGCGCAGGCUGGAACUGAUCUUGAACACCCUGAUCUCUUGGAUCUCAACCGAUCCAGUGCUGGUGAGGCUAAACAGGACACUCAAUUUGAUGCCUGGUCAAUGUGGUGGGACAAUCAAUUUUCCCAGGUGAAUCUCAAUUAUAUGCCUUGGUAUCCGACUUUGGGGCUCCUUGAUGGAAGUGAUCCUACGUUCUCAAAUGGUCCCGGUAGUAUUUUUGAAAGUGCCGGGUCAACUCAUCCAUCGAUUUAG